CUUCCGUUUCAACCUCAACAACGCCCCAGGCUAAGAGCGUUAAAAAUGCAUAACGUACGGUGUAUCAUACAUGUUUAAACAGAGUUUAAAUAGGACAGCAUUGUUUACCUUAAAGCGGGUAAAUCUACUGUAUUUGGGGCAGUUGACUUAAUUAAAUCAACCAGUUAUGAGUUGGGUAACACUGUGCUCUUCGCUGUUAACGUUCUAUUUGCGGCUUUAGAUUAGAAUCACGAGUGUGAUCAACAAAUCUGUAUUUCCCAAAUGUAACAUUAGUGUCAAUUUAUCGGUAAAAUGAUCGUCUCUAACUCGGAAAUUAUUGUGAAGUACAUAAUGAAGUAUCGCUCGUUUAGAUUUAAUAACUGUAACAUCAUCUGAAAAAAGAAGUAAUUCCAGAUGGGAAAUGUUCAAUGUGGAUAGCUCUGUCUUUUGCAACGCCGCAUGGAUUUGUAGUGUAUAGUGGUGAAAACUUGACAGAAUAUGAGCUAUAUAUCAUGCCACGAAGACGUCGUCUGCUACGUUUGAUUCUUGUCAUGGCUGCUGCGGUUGUCGUGGUUACUUGGCUUCAUACGCGUCACGUGCUCUUCCCGACACCGACAGGGAAUUACUUUGGUGACCAGCUCGCUCAGCGUAUCCAAGGUAUUCCGCACAGAGAACUGACGUCAUUGUUCCAAGCAGGGAACCACAAUGAGCGUUUGUCGUCAAAUCUCAACUGCCGAGAACGCGAGGCGAAAGAUAUAAGGCUGACGCCACGUGACGUGCCGUUUACGGCUCUAGCAAGCGUCUGGCGAUCGGGAAACACGUGGGUGCGACAUCUCGUGCAGCAGGCAACAGGUUACGGAACAAGCGCCAUUUACUGCGAUAAGGACAUUUUAGAAGCCGGAUAUCCGUUCGAGUGUGAACAAACCAACCGGAAACGCAUCAUGCUGGUAAAAGUGCACCAACCUGACCCUAAAUUCGAGAGGACAUAUGUAGACCGACCGCCAGAGAACAUUCUGCCUUUUGACCGCGCCGUCUUUCUUAUUCGCAAUCCGUAUGAAUUCAUCGUGGCUAACAUCUACUAUAAGCAUUUAGAAGUUGUCCCCGAAGAAGAUUUCUUGAAACCCAAAAGCCGUUGGCGUUACGGUCAACCAAAACUCUUCGAAUGGUGGAAUGACAUGAACGAAUACUGGCUUCGAAACUUUUCCGGUCCUGUAUAUCCGCUACUCUAUUCACGUCUACGUGCCAACGUUAAAGGGGAGCUCCGUCGGCUGCUGGGGUUCAUUGACGUUGACGUCACAGAUGCCGACGUCACAUGCGCCGUCAGAAACGGAGAGGGGCAUUUCCAUCGUCCCCGACGCAAGUGGUCGAAAAUUUCCAGCAUUGUCGAGUUAUUUGAUUCCAGUUUACAGUCGAAGAUCAACAGCAGUGUUGCGGAGUUCAGAAAACAUUUAAAACUUAAAUAUAGCAUUGAUUGGAACGAAGAUAUUGAUGAUUUAUUGGUGAAUGAACCGAAAACUUAAACAUUAUGUCAUAAUAUUUUAAAUGCUACACGAUAUGAUCAGGGUUGAGGUUAUAUAUGUUGUUUCCUUUUAAGUAUUAUUGUAUCAUGCAUGCUGGAAUCAUUUGAACGUAGAGUUAAGUAUUCUACAUACAUAUAAAAUACGCAUAGGAAUUGUAUUACACGUAUUUCGAUAUGUCAACCUUUAUAUAUGAAAUCGUGAGUUCGUGAAAAUACGCUGCAAAAUUUA